CCUUGUUCACGCGAUAGCCUGUACCUGUAGUGAGAAACUACUAGGACAGAAAAAAGGCAAAAAAGAAAAUGCCCCAUUUUUCUUCUGUACCUUCUCACCGCUUCCCUAUCGCCGCUUAUUCCAAAACGUUGUCUUCAUCCCGCUUUGCUCUCCCCCCUUGUUUAAUCUCGUCUUCGUCGCAAUCCUCGAUUUCAAUUCCCCCUCUCCGGCCACCCCUCUGGAUCUCGGCGACGCGCGUAUAUUCUAGCUGGAGGCACCGUCUUGUUCCCGCGAGCAGGGAUAGGCUUCAUCUACGGCGAGGCAGGUUAGGCUGCUUGGUUGGCGAAGGUUCUCGUGGCCUGUUGUCAAUGGAAACUUCUGUGGAGAAGGUAGCGUGCGCCGAAGAUGGAGGAGAGGAUAGGGCACGCCAGAACGGCGCCCUCCUGAAGCUGGAGGAGCUGAACUGGGAUCACUCGUUUGUAAGGGAGUUGCCCUGCGAUCCGAGGUCCGAUAUUAUGCCUCGUGAGGUCCUACAUGCUUGCUACACCAAAGUAUCACCAUCAGCUGAAGUAGAAAAUCCGGAGCUUGUUGCAUGGUCUGAUUCAGUUGCCAAGAUGCUCGACUUGGAACCUAAUGAAUUUCAUAGGCCAGAUUUUCCCCUCAUAUUUUCUGGGGCUUUGCCUUUGUUGGGAGGAUUGUCUUAUGCCCAAUGUUAUGGCGGACACCAAUUUGGUGUGUGGGCUGGUCAGCUUGGGGAUGGUCGUGCAAUCACUCUAGGUGAAGUUCUAAAUUCUCGUGGUGAGAGGUGGGAGUUGCAACUAAAGGGAGCAGGAAAAACCCCCUAUAGUCGGUUUGCGGAUGGUCUUGCAGUUCUGCGCAGCAGCAUUCGUGAAUUCCUAUGCAGUGAAGCAAUGAAUGGCCUUGGAAUUCCUACAACCCGUGCUCUUUGUCUGGUCACAACUGGAAAAUCUGUUUCAAGGGACAUGUUCUAUGAUGGUAAUUCGAAGGACGAACCUGGUGCAAUUGUCUGCCGCGUUGCUCAAUCGUUUCUGCGAAUCGGUUCAUUCCAAAUACAUGCAUUUAGGGGCAAAGAAGACCUUGAUAUUAUACACACUUUAGCAGACUAUACUAUUCGACAUCAUUUUCCUCAUCUAGAAAAGAUGAGUAAAAGUGAGGAUAUUUCUUUUGGAGCCGGUUUGGAAGGAUCUUCAGCUGUGGACUUGACAUCUAACAAGUAUGCAGCUUGGUCAGUUGAAGUUGCUGAGCGCACGGCUUCGCUGGUUGCGGGAUGGCAGGGAGUUGGCUUCACUCAUGGUGUGCUGAACACUGACAACAUGAGCAUACUAGGAUUAUCCAUAGAUUAUGGCCCUUUUGGUUUCUUGGAUGCUUUUGAUCCAAGCUAUACACCUAAUACCACAGACCUCCCAGGAAGAAGGUACUGUUUUGCAAAUCAGCCGGACGUUGGCUUGUGGAAUAUUGCACAAUUCACUGCAACUUUGUCAGCUGCAAAUUUGAUAAGCCAAGAGGAAGUAAACUAUGCUAUGGAAAGAUAUGGAAUCAAAUUUAUGGACGAGUAUCAAUCUAUAAUGACUAGAAAACUUGGUCUAUCCAAGUACAACAAACAUUUGAUUGGUAAGCUUCUCAAUAACAUGGCUGUUGAUAAAGUUGACUACACAAAUUUCUUCCGUCUGCUUUCAAAUAUCAAAGCAGACCCCAAGACGCCAGAAGAUGAGCUUCUCAUUCCUCUCAAGGCUGUACUGUUAGAUAUAGGCAAUGAGAGAAAGCAGGCUUGGAUAAGCUGGAUGCAAACCUAUAUUGAGGAGUUGGUCUCUAGUGGCAUCCCAGAUGAGCAGAGGAAAGCUGCUAUGAACUCUGUGAACCCAAAGUAUAUCCUUAGGAAUUAUCUAUGCCAGACGGCCAUUGAUUCAGCUGAGCAAGGAGAUUAUGAAGAGGUUCGCCGUCUUCUAAAAGUAAUGGAAAAUCCUUAUGAUGAACAACCAGGAAUGGAGAAAUAUGCAAGGUUGCCGCCUGCAUGGGCAUAUCGCCCUGGUGUCUGUAUGCUUUCUUGUUCCUCUUGAGAGUUUCUAGUUUCUUCUAUAAUGCUGUACAAAUUUUAUCAUUAUGUACACAAAAAACCGUAUUAUUUUUCUUUUAAAGUUAGGUGAAGAUCACACAGGUUUGCCAAGGUCAUUUUGUAUUCAAUGGGAUUUUGUUCUGCUAAAUAAAUGAGUUUGCGCAUUGCUCAUACAUC